AUGGGUCUAGCCAAUGCACCUAACAGGCCACCGCCGCCACCACCUGUCAAGACAGGACUACUGGACAACCGGUCGAAUUCAUACUAUAUCGACUCCCCGGAUCGGGGACUUGCCAGCCCGCCCUCAGCGUCGCAAGCCCUUAUGGCAGCAUCGCCGUCAAGCCCCUUUGCAUACCCGCCUUACUCGGAUCAGAUAGACCGCUCUCUCGCCGACGAGCGCCCGCUAUCGACUGGCCCAGUGGUCAGAGCAGCAUCUCACAGCACAGCCAGAGCACCUGGGUACACCCAAAACAUACAGCAACAACCACCAGAAGAACUCGUCAACAAGGACGAGCAUGAGGAUGAUGACGACGAGGACGAGGACGAGGAGACCCCUGAGCUUCCACCCCUCAUCAUCAUCACCGGCGCCGGUUCCGGCCUAGGCCUCGCCCUCUUCAAGCACUUUUCCGCCGGCAGCCCCUCCUCCCCAGACUUCAAAUACGACGUCCUGGGCGUCGACAGGCACCCCUGGCGCCUGGCUGGCAAGGGCUUCCAGUGGCAGGCCCCGAUCGGCGGGCGCGGGCAGUUCGUCCAGCUCGACGUGACGGCGAGUGCCAAACGUCUGGACACGUGGGCCGAGAACUGGCUCUACGCGCCCGUGACGACGACGGCGAACAGGAACGACAGCAGCGGGAAGAACAAGAAGAAGACGAAGCGCCACCCUCGCCCGGUAUCGUUGUUGAUCCACUGUGCAGGAGCACGUGGCCUCGUGCCAGGUGUGGCAGAGCAGGCGGUGCCAGGAGACCUCGCGGCCGCCGAGGCGCUGGAGUUUAUGGACGCCGAGACAAUGAGGCAGACCUACGAUGUCAACGUCGUCGGCACCCUGCAGCUCGUGCAGGCUGUCAUCCCGCACCUGCAGCUCCACGCCGACUGGGUCAAGGAGCGCCAGGAGGAGGUGACGGCCGCGUUUGGCGGGAGCACCGAGUGGCUCGACCAGCUGCGCCAGCAGGGCAGCCGGGCGUCUCUGCAGAGCACGCACACGAGGCCGCUGCCCUCGAGGGAUCCGCCUCCCAGGGCCGUCAUCUUGGGGAGCAGUAUGGGGAGUGUGGGUGGGAAUACGUCGGGAGGGGCCUAUGCGUACAGGGCAAGCAUGGCGGCCCUGAAUGCUAUAGUGAGGAGUCUGAGCAUUGAUGUGCCUGAUCCAAAGGGCAAGAAGGACCAAUCACUUACGAGGAGAGUUUGA